AUGGCUUCUUGCAAAUCAUCACAAGUCGAAGCAAUGUGCGAGGUUGUUCCAGGGCCUAUCAUUGUAGGUGCUGGACCCUCUGGCUUAGCCGUCGCAGCUUGCCUCUCUCAACAAUAUCGAGUUCCUUCACUCCUUCUUGAGAGGAGCGAUUGCAUUGCUUCUCUUUGGAAGAACAAAACCUACGAUCGUCUCAGGCUUCAUCUUCCAAAAGAAUUUUGCGAGCUUCCUUUAAUGGGUUUUCCUGAAAGUUACCCAAAGUAUCCUAACAAGUUUCAGUUCAUCACUUACCUGGAAUCCUACGCCUCACGUUUCUCACUUCGUCCACGGUUCAACCAGAACGUCCGUGAAGCCCGCUUCGACCCCACCUCGGGUUUAUGGAUCGUUCGAACUCAGGAUUUCGUCUACAUUUCUCGGUGGCUCGUUGUGGCCACCGGCGAGAAUGCUGAACCCUUUAUUCCUCAGAUCUUCGGGAUGGAGAAUUUUCGUGGACCUAUUAUUCACACCAUCGAUUACAGGUCCGGCACUGAUUAUAGGAACAAGAGAGUUUUAGUCGUAGGUUGUGGUAACUCUGGUAUGGAAGUUAGCUUGGAUCUCUGCAAUCACAAUGCAAAAACUCACAUAGUUGCUAGAAAUGCUGUCCAUGUUCUCCCUCGAGAGAUGUUUGGAUUCUCAACGUUCGGACUAGCUAUGACCCUCCUUAAAUGGUUUCCGUUAAGAAUAGUGGACAUGCUCCUCUUACUCUUGGCUUAUUUCAUCAUUGGAAACACUGAUCAGCUCGGUCUCCGGCGACCCAAAACCGGCCCAAUGGAGCUCAAAUGCAUCGCCGGAAGGAGCCCUGUUCUGGACGUCGGUACCCUCGGAGAGAUCAAAGCCGGAAGAAUCAAGGUGGAGGAUGGCGUGAAGGAGAUAACGAGAAAUGGUGCCAGAAUGAUGGAUGGACAGGAGAAGGAGUUCGAUGCAAUAGUAUUGGCAACGGGGUACAAAAGUAACGUGCCUAGUUGGCUUAAGAGCUGUGAAUUUUUCACCGCCGACGGGAUGCCAAAAACGCCGUUUCCAAACGGAUGGAAGGGAGGGAAUGGAUUGUAUACGGUGGGGUUCACGAGAAGAGGGAUCCUUGGAACCGCCUCGGAUGCAGUGAAGAUCGCCGGAGACAUAUCGGAUCAAUGGAGGAAUGCUAAGGACCAGAAGAAAUACUGCGAUCCACAAACAGUCCUAGCCAACAGUUCCUAA